AUGGUGAAUCCUGGAGGUAGCAGCCAGCCCCCUCCGGUGGGAGCAGGGUCCCUGUCCUGGAAGAGGUGUGCGGGCUGCGGGGGGAAGAUCGCUGACCGCUUCCUUCUCUAUACCAUGGACAGCUACUGGCACAGCCGAUGCCUUAAGUGCUCCUGCUGCCAGGCCCAGCUGGGGGAGAUAGGCACCUCCUGUUACACCAAGAGCGGCAUGAUCCUCUGCAGAAACGACUACAUCAGGUUAUUUGGGAACAGUGGGGCAUGCAGUGCUUGUGGCCAGUCCAUUCCAGCCAGUGAACUGGUCAUGAGGGCACAAGGCAAUGUGUACCAUCUCAAGUGUUUCACGUGUUCUACCUGCCGGAACCGGCUGGUCCCAGGGGACAGGUUCCACUACAUCAACGGCAGUCUGUUCUGUGAACACGACAGACCCACAGCACUCAUCAAUGGACAUUUGAGUUCACUGCAGACAAACCCACUACUGCCCGACCAGAAGCCCGCCCCCCUGCUCUCCAGGCACCCAGACUCUUACCUGAGCCCCCAGGCAGCCUCCUCAAUCUACCAAGACCCCCGCUUCUCUCCGUACAACACCCACCCUCGUCCCCACCCUAACUCCCUUUUACGGGAGGACAAACCCCCCUGCUUAUGA